UUCCCAGUGGGGAUUCAAUUGGCGCUCUGUCGUUGAGUAUAAGGUGAGAGUCGUUAAACGUGUUUUGCAUAAGUACUCUGCAGUUAGGCGGGACAAGAUGCGGUCCAAGGAAAAACACAUUGACGAUGUCCAACCUGCGACCGUGGAUCAGCAUUUCAGGAUACUUGUAGCCGACGAAGACACCAUCGACUACGAUGAGUCUGAGCAAGUUACUCCAGCGGAUCUUCCCGAGUGGUAUGAUGCAAAAUUGUACAAAGCAGGGCAAGAUUACUACCGUUCCAACAGCCUUGGAUUAACCACUGCGAUCAUAUGUGGUCUUGUAGCUGUGCUGGCUGUUCCUUCGAUCCUGAAGGUUCUCAUCUAUACCAAAAAGAGUGGAACGGCAUGCGCAGCGUUCAAAAGAUAUCUCGAAACAAGUUUGCAUACUCGAGCGUGGUACAUGGCGGAUUUGAACGUUAUUAAUUCGGAUUGGUUCAAGUCAACGAAUACAGUUCGCUGGAAGCAUUGCCUCGCAAAUCGACGAGCCCUCCGAGAUGGAAUCGGGGGAAUCACUCAUCGGGACAUGGCGCUCACUCAGUAUGGUAUGAUCGGCUACGUUCUGCUCGAACCGGAAUCUUUGGGUCUGACAAACACCAAGGAUCAGCGAGAGGGAAUCAACCACGUGUUGAGAGUCGUUGGACAUAUGCUUGGCAUUUCAGAUCGAUUGAACAUUUGUCGGAAGAACGAAGCUGAAACUACGGCAUUGUGUAGAAGAUUGCAAGCCGAGGUAUUCGGCAAGUACUUCGAAGAAGUUCCUCCGAAUUUUGUCGACAUGGUGACAGCGCUGCUGGAUGGGAUGUGGAGCAUCGACAUGAGCAUAGAUACCGGGUCCAUUUUUGCUUUCAGUUACAAGUUGAACAGAGUGCCAUAUACAAAACCUCUGAGCACGUAUAGCUGGCUGGUACUCAAAUACCGCGAAGCAUCUCACAAACUGUGUGGAACUCCCGGCAUCGGUGUCUUUGUUCGUGCGUAUUACAAUUUUUUAAUAAACUUUAAUUUCCUGCUGAUAAAGAAAUGGCCGGUAAUAGCUUGGCUUCAGUACGGCUUUGAACAGUCCAAGAUAUAUCUGUACCCGCAACUGCAGAAGUAAGAAAAUUUCGCAUAGAAAUUUUAUAUACUACUAACAUUAGUUUUUAUUACAUUCAUUUAAGGGGUAUCAAAUUAUUAUAUACCUAUAAAAUAUGAUAACCAUUGACGCAAGAUUCAAUACGGUCAGAAGUAAUUUCGAAGUAUAUAUUGACAAAAGAAUAUUGAAAUGAUUAUUGAUUCUUUGAAUAAGAUAAUUAAAUUUCAAAGACUGCAACUUUUCGAAUGAAAAAUUUGGAUUGAUGUAUUGUGCACUGUUCAAUAAUAGUAAGUACUUUUAAGCAAUUCUUUGACAAGAAUUUUUGAGCUAUUAUUUCACGCAUCGAUUUUUUAUCAUUAUUUUAUACGUAAUGUGACGUUGUGUAGAGAAUGUGACUGAAAAUAUACGAUAAUGCGUUAUUCAGUUUUUUGCAUUUCAUAAAAAUUUCCGGCAAGGCAAAGAGAAAAGAACUCAAGGCGUUUGUUAUAAAUUAUAUAAUUUUACUAAUAUAAUAACUAGUAAAAUGUGCCAACUGUGCGUUUGCCAUUCUGCAACCUUAACACUUGGGCGAACAACCCCCGCAACUGUUCGAAAACUUGCGUAUAUAUACAUAAUAUAUAACUCAAUUAUAACCCCUUUAAA